AUGGCGGAUCAAAAGGUUGCGAUUGUCACGGGAGCCUCAUCGGGCAUGGGCGAGGCUUUGGCCCGGGAUCUUGUCAAAAAGGGCUGGCAGGUAGCCAUGGCCGACCUCAACAAGAACGAGCCGCUUUCACAGGAGCUGGGCGAGGCGGCCAGCUUUCACGCUACAGACGUCUCCGAUUACGACAGCCAGGCAAAGACUUUCCAAGAGGUAUGGGGUCGGUAUGGCAGGAUCGACGCCCUUCUAGCCAACGCAGGCAUCGUCGACAAGAGCUCGAUCUACAUCUUCAACCACCGAGGGUCGGACAAGAUCCCGCCUAAGCCCGAUCUGAUCUGCACCGAUGUCGACUACAAGGGUGUGGUGUACGGCACACAGCUUGCCAUUCACUUUAUGCGUAAGAACAAGAUCCCUGGGGGUAGUAUCGUUGCGACGGCGAGUAUUGCGGCUGUUCACCCCCACGAGACCUACCCGGAGUAUGACGGCGCCAAAGCUGCAGUUGUCAACUUCGUGCGGGCGACGUCACGCCUGCUCAAGCUCAAGGAGAACAUCCGUAUCAACGUCGUUCUACCUGGUGUUGUAGCAACCAACAUCAUCCCUCCUGAAAUGGUUGCUGCUGUUUCUGAAGAAUGGUGA